AAAAGAUGGCGACGCCCAGUGAAUUAUCUCUCGAAGAGAUUCGUAAAUAUUUAUUGGAAAACGGUGGUUCGGCGCGAAAUCAUGACCUAGUGAAGUACUUUAAAAAGUUCCUGACGGACCCGGAAAAUCGAGUGGAGGCGCGGAAUAGGUUCAAGGAGUAUGUAAAUAUAUUGGCCACCAUCAAGAACGAGGAGGGUGAAAAGUUCCUGGUUCUAAAGAAGAAAUAUCGCCAAACUUCAUUAGACCUUACCUCUCCAGUUUUCAGUUUCUCGGCCUCACCCAGUUCACCUGUGAGAACUCCUGACCUUGCGACUCCUGUUUCACCUCUUCGGGAACCUCCACCUUAUCGCCCACCACCUCCAGCACCUUUGAGCCCAGUUAGCAAUCCUACCUCACCUAUUCCUCGUAAUCAAAAUGUAUCUUCGGGAGACACCACUGGUAUCUUUUACAAAAAUUUCGAGAGGGGCUCGGAAGAAACUCUGGACUCGAAACCACUUUCCGAAGAACCGGAUCUUCCAACAUCACCUCCUGUACCUCCUAGACGCAAAAGCCAAGACAAACUCAAGCUGGAGAACAAGGAGAACCUCAAUUUUGAGAAGUCAAAAGCCAGUUUUGAACCCACCAUCAAAGAGGACGAGGUUCCAGCGGUACUUCAGCCAACGUCGGCUGAACAGCUGAGCGUUCGCGAACGGAUGCAACGCUUCAAUCGAAUGGCUAGUGAGACUGAUCUAAACGUGCGUCCCAGUGGCAACACAACACCCAUUAAGAAAAGAUCAGAGAAGGGGGCGGAGGAGGAUGACAGAGCUUCCGUUGCAUCGCAACUGGACGGGAAGUCACGCGAGUGGUUGGUGAGGGCUGCGCAAGGAGACUAUCAGGCCCUGGCGAAACUUGCUGCGGAGGAACCUCGUCUCACCAGGCUGAAGGAUCCAUCUUCCGGCUAUACGGCGCUUCACUGGGGCGCUAAACAUGGAGAUGAGAAUAUCGUCAAACUGAUAGCUGGAACGUACAGGGACUAUAUAAAAGGUGUUAAUGAAACCACGAAUGGGGGAUACACGCCGCUUCACAUUGCAAUGCAAUUCGACCACGAGAACAUUUUCAAUCUUUUAGUCCAAGUUUAUGGUGCAAAUCAGGAAGUUCGUGACUUCAGUGGAAAAAAAGCAAGGCAGUAUCUGGUUUCUCAGGAGGCUGAGGUUAGCCAGGACACCUUUCGCAAAAUAAAAGCAAGGAAAAAGCAUGCAGAGAAAGAUCUUGGUUUCCUACGAAUUGGAUCAUUGAACGUUCGCGUGAAACGUACGACAGAGGCCUUCAGCCAAUUCCUGGGUGUGGCCAGUAACACAUCCAGUAACAACGAGAAAAUUCACAAGACCUGGGGUUCUGCGGAUAAUAUUCAGCUUGAGAAUAAAUUGAUGCCACCGCCAAAAUAUGGGAUAAAAAAGCGUCGGAGUAGAAGAGCCCAGGAUUUUAAUUCCUUGAGAAAUCAACAUACUGCCAGCCAACCGAGCACACCAAUGCCCCAGGGAAAGGUUUUGAAUUAUCGACAAAGACACGAGAUUCGACGACCAUCUUCCGCAAUUUCAACUGCACCUACGACAGCCACGAAUCCGCAAAACGACUCGGAUUCCGACAAUGCUUGCGGUUUCGAUUCCGCUUGGCGUGGUUCCGCGCAGCUGUAAAAUUUCCAUUCGAUUAUUUUGUAACUGAUCAGUCAAAUACUCUACAUUUUUUAUUUCUCGCUUCUAGAUAAAAUAGAAUAUUUAGUUGGUAAUCGAUUUUUUAAAUUGUGUGAAUUCAGGGAGGUCGCAGGUCUGGGAAAACCUGGAAAUCAGGGAUUCUGAAAA